AAAAAAAAAGGUUAAAAACUAUUCACACAAAGCUGACAUGUGCUUCUACUAUACAUAAUAAUAUAAUGUAAGUAAUGUAUAGCAGUUCAUGUGAAGCCACCUAAAAAGGAUAAUCCAACUCACACUUCUUGGUGUGUAAAAAAGAAAGAGAAACUAAAGAGAGAAGAAGAAACCCAAUUAUCUCUACUUACUUUAUUCUUCUUACAACAAAAAAUAAAUUAGUACAACAUCUUUUGGGUCACCCUAUUUUAGUUGAGGGUACAUCGUUAGUGGAGUACUAAACUAAACAAAGAGAAAUAUGGUAUUAGUAUUGUUUUGUUGCCCCUUUUGUUAGCUGCCAUUAGAGUCAUGUUUCUCUGGUUUCAAGAUUUGGGUUUUCAUGUACAAAUUUCAACUACCAGCUGAAUAUUUACCACAUCUCUCAAGAUCAAGAAUUUUCUUUCUUGGGUUAUGGAUGACACAUUUAUGGUUCGUUACGCUGCUUAUGGGAGUGAUUAGACCCCUGCAAUUGUUCUUACCCUUUAGUGUCAAUGAUGGAGUGAUGGAAUGGUGAAUAUGGAUUAGGUAUCCGAUGUGUUUUUUAUCAAGUCGGGUUGUACAUUGCGAUACUCAUUGCAGAUCCCAAAGCAUGGUUGAGCUGUCAAGAAAUUAGUGCAUUUCCCUGACAUGGGAACUCUGCCGCCUGAACCUGAGGCCAUAUGCUCGAAAAAUUACUUAGCAUUGGGGCUGAAGAUAUCUAGCAAGGAAAAAUCAGGAAAACCCAAAGUUCUAUCGCUUCUUUCAACACUUCUUGAGAGAUCUAUCCAAAGUAAUGAAAAGUUAUUAGAAAGUACAGAAAGAAAAGACGUGAUCACAAUAUUUCAUGGAUCAAGAGCACCCUCUCUCGGUAUUGAACAAUACUUGGAUCGCAUUUUUAAGUAUUCAUGUUGUAGCCCUUCAUGCUUUGUGGUUGCACACAUAUACAUGGAGAGAUUCAUUGAAUCCACUAGUGCUCAUUUAACAUCCCUCAAUGUUCACCGACUACUCAUCACAAGUGUGAUGGUGGCAGCAAAGUUCAUUGAUGAUGCAUUCUAUAACAAUGCAUACUAUGCAAGAGUAGGUGGUGUAACGACAAAAGAGUUGAACAAGCUGGAGAUGAAAUUCUUGUUUGGACUGGAUUUUAGACUUCAUGUAAGUGUCCAAACAUUCGGGAGCUAUUGCUCGCUCCUGGAGAAGGAAGGUACUGUAGGUUUCCAGAUCGAGCGUUCAAUUCAGGCAUGUAGAAUCAGCGAGAGCUGGUCAAACAAAGACGAUUCCACCUGUGCACAAUGCUGAAGAUAUUAUCACAAAGUCAAAAGAUUCUUAUACGUGUGGAAGAAACUAAAAUGCUGGGUUUUGUACUAUAUUGUUUAGUAGAAAAUAGCUAUAGUGUGAUACACCUUUUCUUUUUUUUUUCUUUUCUUUUUUUUUUUUUUUUUUUACCCAUUUUUGUAUUGUGCAGGUUUACUUUACUGUACUGGUGUAGCUCCUAGGAACCCUGGCUUUAUAUUAGUUCCAUAUCAUUCUUUUUUCAGGUUCUGUGAAAUUUCCCACGGAUGUUGGUGCCUAUAGAAUGAGGGACAUGCUUGUUAAAUGUUUACAAUAGAUAUGUUUGAGUGAUUUCAGACAUUAUUUUGAACAACCAAGUUUGAACCCUGAAGGGUUUUGUUUACAAUGCUUUGUAAGAAUUUCAGGUACUUGUAAUUAUUCCAAGGAUCUUUUUUUGCUU